UUCAACUGCUAAUUUGCAGCCAUUUGGAGCGAAAAAAAGAAAAGAUCUCGUGGGGACACGAAUUAGCGUGUGUUUGCAGUGGACGCGAAACUCCGCUUUUCAAAUGUUGGCUUUCGCAAGAGCGGCCAUACAGCAAGGCACGCGUCAGAACGUGCCUCUUUGUUCUCCGACCAAUCAGAGAGCCGCUUUCAGACAAUCGUCAACAAUAACAAAACAAUGGCUGGCGCGUGCGGUCAAAAUUCCACCCGUCGAUUGGUUGAUCCGCGCUGAUCGCACAUGCCGAUUGUAAAUUGCAAUGUCGCGGGGUUUUCCUGUUUACAAAUGCGCCACUUUGCACGCUACCUGAAGUGACUAUUAUUUGCUGUUAUGACCGAUUCCAGCAACUUCGUUCUAAAACGUAUAGGAACGUACGAUCUGACUGGAAAUCGGCUGGGCAAGGGCAACUUCGCCUACGUCGAGUUAGCCACGAAUCGCAUCACCAAAACCAAGGUAGCGAUGAAAGUCAUAGACACACGUAAAAUCAAAGAUGAAUACGUCAGGAAAAACAUCCUACGCGAAGCGCUGCUCCUGAAGAAAGUCAAUCACCCCAACAUUGUCCGAUUGUACGAAACCCUCAAACAGCACUCUAUUUACUGCAUCGUGACCGAAUAUGUUCCCGGAGGCGAGUUACUGAGCUAUUUGCGUCGGCAGAAUGACUCGAAAUUGAGCGAAUCACAGGCCAGGCCGAUCAUGAGACAGCUCAUUUCCGCGUUGUACCACAUGCAUCAAAGUGGAAUCGUUCAUCGAGACCUCAAAAUGGAAAAUAUUCUUCUUGAUGAGAGUAAAAAGAACAUCAAGAUAGUUGACUUUGGUCUCAGUAACAUCUGUCGCGGUGAUGACCUCCUCAGGACCCAGUGCGGCUCCCCAGAGUAUGCUGCCCCAGAACUGUUCAGGCGUGGCUGCCGAUAUGGGACAGAAGUUGAUUUAUGGAGUCUAGGUGUUAUUAUGUAUGGUAUUGUUGUUGGAAGACUACCAUUCAGAAGUCCUCAUUAUGGCAGCAGAGGUCGCAGUGACUUAGUGGAUCAAACUUCUCGCGGGCUCAGUAGCACCCAUAACAAAUACUUAGUCCUUCUAACUCCUCAUUGUCGUGACUUGCUGAGAAAACUGCUGGAGCCCAAUCCCCAGAUGCGCUUGCCUCUUCUGGAUGUGAUGGUCCACCCCUGGGUAACUGUCCAAGGGACUGUACCAUUGGUUCCGUACAAUGAACCACGCAACGACGAGCAACUCUGGGAUAAGGUUUUGGGGAAAACGUCACAACUCAUCAACAUCGAUAAAGCCAAGAUCGCCUUCCACGUCCAACAGAAAAGAUACGACGCUAUAUCAGGAGUCUAUAAUCUCCUCUUGGAUGAGGAACUGAAGAGUUUGUCCCGAUCAAACGACAACAGUAGCAGAAUACAAGCAACUAGUGGCCAGGAAGGUUCUGUCAUUCGGGUGUCGGUUAAAUUUACUUCAAGUGAUGGAAAGGAAGAUGAUGCCCAGGGUCCCGAAAGUCAGAGCGCGACCAGCAAUGACAGUCAGGACUCCCCUACCGAGCAGGACUGGGAGCAAGCCCCCACGCGGAAACACGUGAUAGUCCCCAAACCAAAUGAACACAAUGCUUUUGAACAACCGUUGGAGGCUCUAAGGAUCAGAGGACUCAGGAUCUGUACCAGAGCAACCCGGUCCAACAAGAAACAGCCCCAGGAACAGCCUCAUUCCAGAACGCGACCAAACACCGCAAUUUCGCAGAGGGCACCUGAGAAAACGCCGCCUUCUCCAAAACGAAACGUGGUUGCCUCUCGCGCCUGGCAAAGGACAGGUAAAACAAGAUGCAAGUCGUGUUUCCCGCGUUUUGCACCCAGUUUUGACAGUGAGCUCCAAGGAACGCGAGUCGUGAUGUCCCCACGAGUAAGGCAAGAUCCGGCACUACUGGCAUCUCAGUGGGAAGCGAAAAUGAAAGCUUUGGCCUCAGAGAGCGGCGAAGGUAGUGUAGGACAUUCCAAGCAGGGUGUCAACACUGGCCCUGAUAUUGCAGGGGAUAAUUGCAAGAAGUCGGCAACCGCUGUUGACGUUGACGUUCCAAUUGUUAAAUCCGACGCGAGCCUCGAUCAAGAACCUAACAUGGGAAAUUGGAAACCCUUGGAAUGCACCUACGCUAGAAGUUGUACUUCGACUGGUACCUCUGAGGUGAAACAAACCUCCGCGUCAAAUAAACCGGAGGGCAACAAAACUGCGCAGACGCUACAAGAAAACCAAAAGUUUGUUUCCUCUAGAGGCUCAGUUAGAUCCCACAAGACUGGGGCUAAAAUUUCUCCGUCCUCACUGGCCGCACAAUACGUUCACAGAGCCGUGUCGCCUUUGAAGGCGAGUCAGUUUGUUGAUCUUGCCGAUUACCACAAAUAUAUGCCGCAGCCACCAAAAUCGCGCAUUGCAACACCGGAUGCUCCUUCAAGGCUGGCGGUUAAAGGCAACAAAACCGAAGGAACGGUUGACAGUUUCUCUGCUGCAUACCAGUCUUUCGUGAAGACCAAGAAACCGCAACACCUCCGCCUGUCGAUAAUGCAGGCGCAAGAAAUUCUUCAGCACGAGUCCAAGUUUUACGCCAAAUAUGGUAGAAGACUGAGCACUGACGUGAGCACCAAUAACGUGAGUAACGCUGACUCGGACAAACAGACCGAAAAUCAGGCGUCACGCUUCAGUCACGCAAGCACCGGGACGUCUCCAAAGGCAGUUCAAAGCAGAGCAACAGUGCAACAGCUUAGCAUUGCUAAAACGGGUCACGUUAAAGGGGUAGGCUUAAAAAGAGAUCAAAGGGAAUCGAUUGUUUGCGAUGUCAAACGUGAGGAAAAUAUUGAAAAACGAGAUUAUACGAGUCACGAUCAACUACUCGCACCCGCUGUACUCGCACCAUAUCCGUCGCCUGCACGACGACACGACGACAACCCGACCGAUGCCGAUCUCGAUGCGGUUGAAAGUAGACAAAAGGGCCGAAGUUGUAUCAACGAAGGAAGCCGAGUAAUCGAGGCUCGACUGCAACCGAAGCAGGAAGAAUCGCUAAAAAGACAGAAAGAGAAAGAACAAACAGAAAACCACGAGAGAGAAAGAGUCAAGUUUCUCAAAGAACUGGAAGAUAAAGAGCGUCAAAAGAUUAUCACAGAAUACCUACACCACGUGUAUUCACAUCACGGACAAACACAACCUCAGACUGCUUAUAAGAAAGGUGAACACGACACACGCCCCUAUAAGGUGUCCAAACAGGGGCGUGUCUAUUCCAUGAGCACUCGACCACAAGAGGAACCUAGUCCUGAUGUACCCCACUUGAUCACAAGCCCCGCGCCCAUCUGGCACCAGACUGCUCGGGGUUCGCAGGGAGACAAGAAAAUCUCUUUCAGGGCAAAACAAGGGGUUACUGGCACCAAUGGGGUACGAUUCUUUAACGAGUGGAAUAACAGUCUGUUUACAGAUUAUAUUAACAGUUCAGAUGGGAAAGCGAAAAUGGGAAAAGAAAAGGACAAACUACAGGACCCAAGUUACUGGAUUGAACAACACCUUGACGGAGUCCUGGACGAGACAUCGGUCAGAAGAGGUCUACAGCACCAUCAGCAACUUAUACCAAGGGAAACUUGACCGAUGUUACAUGACGUAGUGCUUAAAACUGUUUUUACUCGCAUUAGUGGGGUUAAAGACCAAUGUUUUACAUCGGAAAGACUUUAAAUUUCUCACGAAUUCAAAGACUUUUCUAAAACAGUAUAUGAUCGUCCGAGAUCGAUUUUCUAACUUUUUUAAAAAUGUUGAAAAUAGUUUUCUCACCAAGAAAACUAAAAUGUUAAGCUAUAUUGAAUGAAACAACAAAGUAGAGUAUUUUUUUUUAACGGAGACUUGUAGAAUAAUAAGAAUUAAUCCACAAAAUGAAACAAGUUUUAAAGAGUCACUCAUUAAAUACAAUAAUCCAACAUCUUUAUUCAAUUUCUUCAAACCCAAUACAACCUCUAAGUUCAAAAUGGUAUGUUUUGUAUUUGAGAGUAAAAAUAAAUUACUAGCAUAUAUACACGAAUUUUAAUUUGUCAUAACUGCGUUUAUAUAAUCCUUGAAAAGUUUUCUUUCGUCUUGAAACAAGAGAGGCUGAACGAGAUGAGGUUCAAUCCCAGUACAGGCGUUAUUCUCGAGGAAAUCCCUCUUGAGUCUCUUUUCGACAUGGUACCUAGUCCUCCCGCGGUAAUGUUACCACGCGCGUUGCGUGGAUGUUUCCGCUUGGGCUGUCCACGUGAGUAAAUCCACGUCACAUGAUUAGCUAUUUCUAGAUCCUUCUGGGAUUUCUGAAGCCUAAAGUGAUCUAAAAAUAACUUGAGAGGGAUUACCUCGGGAAUAAGACCCUGUAUGGAGGAUUGGCUCUUACUCUUCAUCCUCUUUCAUUUGAAAAGAUUCCCCGUUUGUAAACGCAACUCUCUUUGUUUGUUCUAACGAAUAAUUUGGGUAAUGAGCCCUGGGGCUUGCACUUAUUCAAAGGUCUUUUUGGGCGGUUUAGAACAGAUAUUGAUGGUUCGGAAAAUGUUUGAAAGGAAUGUCGUGCCCGGAAAAUUGUAGAUGGGUACAAGAAUACCGAGCGGUAAAACUUCCUAAACACAAAGACACGAACUC